GGGAAGGAUCCCAUUCUUUCGAAAAAAGCAGCAUGUUGCAGACAGUCAGUGAGUGGCUGUGGUGGGAUCGUCUGUGGCUGCCAGCGAAUGUCUCCUGGUCUGAUCUGGAGGACGAUGAAGGUCGUGUCUACGCUAAAGCCUCUCAACUUUACGCUGCUCUGCCCUGCGCCCUCUGCCUGCUUCUAGUCAGAUACUUGUUUGAAAGGUACCUGGCCACACCGCUAGCUAAUGUCUGGGGCAUCAGGGACAGGGUGCGUCUGACAGCAGAACCAAACCCCAUCCUAGAAAACUACUUCUGCAGCCAAGCACGGGUUCCAUCCCAGGCUGAUGUGAGGUCUCUGUGUAAAAAAACGAGUUGGCCAGAAAGAAGAGUUCAAGUCUGGUUCAGGAGGAGGAGGAACCAGGAGCGACCAGGGCUUCGGAAGAGGUUCUGUGAAGCCAGUUGGAGAUGUGUGUUUUAUUUUUUUGCAUUUGUCAGUGGAGUCGUAGCUCUCUAUGAUAAACCUUGGCUUUAUAAUCUGAAGGAGGUUUGGGCAGGCUUCCCUAAACAGUCUAUGCUGCCAUCUCAGUAUUGGUAUUACCUCUUGGAAAUGGGCUUCUACCUCUCUCUGCUCCUAAGCCUCACAUUUGAUGUGAAACGGAAAGACUUCAAAGAGCAGGUGAUUCAUCAUAUAGCCACGCUGACGCUUCUGACUUUCUCCUGGAUUUCAAAUUACAUCCGUAUUGGAACCCUUGUGAUGGCAGUUCAUGACUCUGCUGACAUACUGCUGGAGGGUGCAAAGAUAUUCAACUAUGCCAAGUGGCACCAAACUGCUAAUACCAUGUUUGUAGUGUUUACUUUUCUUUUUAUGGUGACAAGACUUGUAAUUUUUCCUUUCUGGCUGAUCCACUGCACAUGGGUGUACCCGUUGGAGCAGUUUGCUCCCUUCUUUGGCUACUACUUCUUCAACGCCAUGCUGUUGAUUCUACAGAUACUUCACCUCUAUUGGGCUGUUCUUAUUUCACGAAUGGUUUACAAGUUUAUCUUCAGCAAGCUGGACGGCGACGACAGGAGUGAUGAAGAGGAGGACGACAGUGACUCACCGAAGGAAACGAACCACAAACUGAGUCACAUGAAUGGCUCCGGAGCCAGAGGCCGAGCCAAUGGCCAUUGACACAUACAGACAGGCAGAAACAGAGAAAUAGGAAAAUGGAUAGCAGACACAUGGGCAGAAUCAGUCUGUUAGUACCUAAUUACUUAUUUAAAAAAAAAAGAGUAAAUACACUUGAGCAGAGGAUACUGUAUUUAUAGGAACUGUGAAGGAUUAUAUACCUAAUUGACUGGAAGCUGCAUGGUUUCUGAAAUUCUUUAAAUUCAGAACUUUUAACAUCAUAUUAUCUUGUUCUAUUCAUAAUUAAAAAACAGAGUAAGGCUUUGUUGAUGUGUCGUUUAUAUAUUUUUGUAUG